GAGUCUUCACAGCAUUCACGUGCAGUUAGCGAUGACACAAUGACAUCUUGUAAUAACGACUCUAAUUCGAUCGUAGGAGCUCGUCUAAAAAUUCUUCAAGAGCCACAGCCGAUUUACAGUUUUCUUUACGAAAGCGAAGUGAGAAAAGAUCACGCAUAUCUUUACGCCGAUCCUGUCGAACUCAAAAAAUGGAUAUUUGUACAGUUAAAAGAUUGGCGAGGAAAAGAGGAAGUCAGUGUAAGGUGUUCUCUCGUCAGUGACAGCCCGGAGCGUAAGCCACACUUCCAUCGACUGGCAAAGAAAAUUGACAGUCAGAUUCAAAUCGACGAAUACCAAGAAGGAGAGGUGUUAAAACUGAAUGAUUGCAUUGUUGCCAAAUUUCCCAAUUUGUCUAUCGUCCGCACAAAAAUACCAAAUAAUGGCGACCGUGAGACGAUUAGAAAGAUGUGGGUAAUGCGCGAUGUAGUCAGACUCAAGUUCGAGGCGUUUGUUCUUGUGAAUGGAAAAGUUCAGGAAAUCUGCAAUCCCGUGUACUCACAGCGCAUCCGCCCUCCAGUGAUCUAUGGUUCUGUACACAGCGUGUGAGAAAUUGGAAACAAGCCGAACAAACUAUUAACGAAAAAAAAAAUUAUACUUCACAUUUAACAACAAUUUAUUACAUUUGUACUGCAGCAGAAAA